UGCAGCUUCUCUCAUGCGAGAAAUUUGCGUGCUGAUGCAGUUUGCAGGAAUCAUGGUGGAGCCGAAUGGAACCCGGUACUGCAAGAUACUAGUGAGCUCUGUUUCCUACAGUGCAUUUGAGAAGAUGCGAGGAACUGGUCAGUUGCGAUUGCAAACACCAUGGCAGAGAAGAAGGUCACCUGUGACAAAAAUGCCUAUGCUGAGCUCUUCAAGCAGGUUAGUUUUGCAAAGAAAAGAGGCUACACUGACCUGCUGGAGUUCCUGAGCAUUCUGGCGCUUGAUGGGGUGCAGAGAGUAUGGUUUGAUGCGCUGUGCAUAAAUCAGAAGAGUGGUGACGAGAAGAACAGAGAAAUAGCGCGAAUGGGUGAGUACUACGCUCGGUGUGCUGGAUGUUAUGUGUGGUGUCACGGCAUGGGCGGGGGGUUCCGGCUCUGGGCUCAGGCAGAUCCUCCGCGGUAUUACACGUUGCCGCGCUGGUUUUCCCGGGUAUGGACUUUGCAGGAAUUUGUGCUGCCAAACAAGCUGGUUUUUGUCGUGGGCAUGGACAUGGAAGGCUGCACUGCUAUGUUUGCGCACAAGGCCUAUUGCCGAUCCAGUGGCUUGAGCUGGCAGCCAGCCGAGCUCAUGGAUACCCUAGUUGAAACUAAAUUCGUGAGCCGCUAUGAGUCUCUUCGUCAAGUUAACAGUAGGGAACUCUUCCCGUGUCCGCACUGCCGUCACCAGCAAAAAGGCCAUGUAUAUUUUGUAGAGAGAGAAAAAUACUUUGAAUUGAUGGAUCGGAGCAGCCAUAAAUCCAUUGAAGCAGGCAGGCUGCCUCCGACAUUCUGGACCGAAUUCAAGUCUCCAUUGUACCGCUUGCGAACUAUUUUGUCUUGCAAUGAGGAACUUCGUAGUCUGCAGCGUGCAGCAUUAGUUGUGCGGGAGAUCAGUAUGCGGGACUGCGCGGAGCAGCAUGAUGAAGACAGACUCUUGUCUAUCCUGGGGCUUCUCCAAGUUGAGGGCAAAGUUCAGCUCAGAACUGGCAGGGGGUUGGAGGAGCAAAUCUUCGACGUGGCCCGGAGUCUAUUGAACAGCAGCCCUAGCCAUGAACACCAGCAGCUACUCCUAUUGCUUUGUUUCGCUCAGUAUCAUGGUAGCCCUGUCACUUCCAUGUCCUGGGCACCAACCUUCUCUCGCCAAAAACUUUUAGGGGAUAUGAGGCUUCAAAGCUUCCCUAUGUUUCAUAAUUUUACCUCCAUAGCCCAAGUUGGAGGGCUUGGUAAACCGGGCCUAGUGCUGCGAUGCCCUUUCUUGCGAGCCAAGGCUGUCCCGUUUGCAGAACACAGGCAAAAUUGUAGCACUUGUUUGCAAUGUCGACAAGCUGGUCGAAAUCAUCUUAUGAAUCACUUUAUUCUCGAGAUCCAGAAUCGCCCACACUAUUCUGUACUCCUAUGGGCUGUUUCUGAUGAAGACCAUGAAGGUGAGCUGUGCUUUUUGAGCGUCACUUCUCCAACUUUCAUCAUGUCUAUCAAGAGUGACACCAGUGUCGAGAGGUUGCGCACCAUGUCUUUCCAUGUGUAUCUGCUUCUUCUAGCACAAGAUCAGGUCCCAGGGUUUUCUCAGCCAUACGGGUUGUUCCUGGUCUGUAUCGGCAAGGAUAAAGCAAACCUUCACAAAGUUGGUGUGUUCAUGUGUGGGCCUGGAUGGGAUCCCGAAGCAAUGGAAGAGCCAGGGGCUUAUGAUACUCCAGAAGCUCAAUCUGAAGUUUCUACUUCAGAAGGAGAAGAAAAAGAAGAAGAAGAAGAAGAAGAAGGACCCUUUAACAAUGAAGAAUUGGAGGACUUUCAAAGCUCUCAGGCCAUUCCAUGGAAAGACGAAUUUCCAGCAAUCCUUCCUGACAACGAGGAGUUUGAUAGUGAUGAUGAAGCAGAUGAUAACAAGGAAGGAGAUACAGAAGAAGAAGAAGAAGAACAAGAAGAAGACGAAGAAGACGAAGAAGACGGUAAGGGAGAUGAGAUUGUUGAUGCAGUAUAUGCUAACAUUUCAAGCUGGGAACAAGAUGUACUGUGCAUGGAUCGGGAUAGAUUUAUUGUGGGUGGAUUUGGAGCAAUUGUACCGUUAAAUGUUUUGACUUCAGACAAAGUUAAUGAAGGGUUCCUUGUUGCCUCUUAGCUUUUGCAUCAUUUUUAUGAAAUUUCAUGGUGAGGAUUGCCAUA